GCCUUGAAAUGAAAAAACGACACUUUCAUGUGCGUUCAGCGAAACAUGUUGCUGCUGCACAAUAUUCACAGAGAAACCAACACCUGCAGGUCGCUGUGGUUUUAAAGUAAAAGCACAUUAUUGAGCCGUUGCGAUAUGAAAAAAUCUUAUAUCGUGUCAGGUUGUGUUUUCACACAAGUGCCGUUGUUUUGUUCGGCAGUAAAUCUUCCUGCGAGUGGAGACGCUCCGAGGAUCCAUUAAUGGUUUGAUACACAGAAGUGCCGAGCUGCCAUUCUGUCUACUUACGGCAAGACGGCUAUCUGGCUCACACCACCAGGACUGAAGGUUGUAUGUUUGAAAAAGUGGCGAGGCAUUUCUACGAUGAUACCUGCGUCGUGCCAGAAAAGGCCGAAGGUGACAUUAAGCAGGAGUCAGGCCUGUACCGCGAGGGCCCGUCGUACCAGCGCAGGGGCUCGCUGCAGCUCUGGCAGUUCCUGGUCGCUCUGCUCGACGACCCGUCCAACUCGCACUUCAUCGCCUGGACCGGCCGCGGCAUGGAGUUCAAACUCAUCGAGCCAGAGGAGGUGGCACGUCGGUGGGGGAUACAGAAGAAUCGACCGGCGAUGAAUUACGACAAGCUCAGCCGAUCGUUGCGCUACUACUACGAGAAGGGGAUCAUGCAAAAGGUGGCCGGUGAGAGAUACGUCUACAAGUUCGUGUGCGACCCCGAGGCCUUGUUCUCCAUGGCGUUUCCCGACAAUCAGCGGCCGGUGCUGAAGACGGACAUGGAGCGGCAGAUCAACGAGGAGGACACGGUGCCGCUGUCGCACUUUGACGAGAACAUGGCCUACGUGCAGGAGGGGCCCUACUGCCAACCGCACCCCUACAGCGAGGGCUACGUUUAUUAACGGCAACCCCCCACCCCCCUCCUCACACACGUGCACACACACACACACACUCAUGCCCUCAAACACACACCUCCCUCCUCCCCUCCAUCUCUUCCUCCGUUACUCCAGAGACUGUUGUGUCCUCUAAUUCACAGUCUCUCCAGGAAUAAGACUGAACACACAUAUGCAGCGGAGCUUCCCCUCUCUCUCUCUAUCUCUCUCUCCCUCUCUCUCUCCCCCUCCCUCUCUCUUACUCUGUCUCUCUCUCUCUCACAUAAACACACAUGUCCUCUUGGUUUUUUUUUGCUCUUGUCUUUCUGACGUCCACAGCAGGAUGGAGAGUGCACUUUAUGGACAGGAGGAAUGGCGCGGUGUUAACCUGCUAGCUAUGAGCUAUGUGGUUGUUUAUGUUUGUACAUUAAUGUGGGAAUCGUUCUGUUUGUUUCUUCUGUUUUUUUUUUUUUUACUGAGUUCUUCGGAGCAUGUGGCUGCGACCCAACAACGACUAAAUGUUACACUCUGAUUUUCACGCCGACAAAAACGAUCUCGUCCGCACACGAGCAGCAAACGGAACGUCGAUCGCUUCUGUUCGACCGUCCUUCACUCAGUCAUCCUGGGGACGUGUUGCGACGAUACUUUCGAGGUGAAGUGACACGAUUACAGACUCGUCAGAGAAACAAAAGAGACAUUCAGCCACGGUGAUCUCUGCCCCCUCGUCCAGUCAGACUGUAGAUCUCACGUAGGUGUUUCAGCUGUAACGACACAAACUCCACCGGAGACGAGACGUCGGCGCACAAAGGACGCACUGGAAUAGUUCUGAACUGUGUGAAUGAAACUUUUCUGCAUCACAGCCUGUGUUUAGGAUAAUCAAUAAAGCCUCAGGCCGCUGUAAGAUAACUCAUUAACUGUAACUGCAGUUUCCUUCGUUUCUGACAGAGCCACUCGUUUGUCAUUCAGCUGUUCAGUUUUUUCAAUGAAUAACUGGAGAAAGUGUCUGUACAGUCAAAACGGAAACACAUCCGUAAGGUUCCAGAGGUUUGCAGCCGAUAAAAGGCUGAAAAAUCAAACACAAAAUCUAAAAUGUCCCUGAUUUCUUUUUUCUUUUUGGUUCCAGGGGAACAUGAAAUGUAUAUUUUGCUUUAAAAUGUUGCAUCGCCAUUGAUAGGGUUGUUUUUUGUUUGGUUUUUUUUGUUUAAAAAAAAAAUGUAUAAGAAAUAUCUAGAGUUUUAUAAUGUGAUGACAAACAUUCAUGUUAUAACAAAAAUAGUGUUCCAUUGUAUAAUCAGGUAAAUCCACAUUUUGUUGCUGCUUCAAAUUGUACGUGUAUUUUCUAGUCUCAAGAUAAAAAAGGAAAAGAAAAAGAAAGUGCGGCAGAUAUGGCUUGCUCUUCUUUCAUUUCUAAUUCUCUUAUUUUGAAUUUUAUUUUUUAUUUUAUUUGUUUUUGUUCAAUUUGAACAUUUAAAAAAAAAAAAAGUCUGGUCUGGUAUGAGUUUUGUUCUCGAGGGCCACAUGUCUGGGGCGGGAUUGGCAAUAGCAGAAAUUCUGUAAUAAAA